AUGGCCACUGUCUCUGGCGCUUGCGUCAUUUCCAAGGUCUCUGGCUUGGUCCAGAUCCGUGAAGAUACCGCGCCGUCCAAGCUUAUGUGGAAGGCAAUCGACCAGGAUAAGUCGUUGGAGAUUCCACUCAAUGCUCUAUCGAAACUCCAGACCACCCCAGACUCGUCUCCCAAGAUGGUGCUCAAGUUAUUCUACUCUGAGCCGCCAAGCACGGAUAUCAAGGACAUCAAACUCAGCUUCAAUAACCGCCAGACCAUGACGUCGGUGAAGGACGCUCUCCAAACGAUCAUUGCUCGUCAGAAGACCAUCAUCAAGGAUAGCCCUGCUGGAUCGGAAAGAAGCACAGCGACGGCAUCCCCUGGUCCAGGUGAAAAAGAUGGCACUCCAGAAGGCACGCCCCAACCAGGGAACCCGUUGGACUUCUCAAGCCCGAAAUCGCUCUCUGAUACUAGUCUACUUAAGAACCACAAGCUCCAGCAGAAACUCUUGCUUGAGGAUAAGAACUUGCGGAAUGUUUUCACCCAGUCGGUGAUCAAGUUCAAGCUUUCACCCAUGAUGUUCUGGUCGAGCCGAAUUGGUCAGCUACGAACCUGUGCUUUACAGAUAUCCCAACACAGAGGACCCUACAAUGUGCUUUCCACCAUUAAGCCGGUGGCAACGUCCGACAACCAGGUCAACGUCAACGUCACGCGUGUGACAAUUAAUGAGAUUUUCGAGACGUAUCCGGUGAUCAAGCGGGCUUUUGACGAGCUUGUGCCUGCUAAACUCAACGAGGGUGAAUUCUGGUCACGAUUCUUCAACUCCAAGUUGUUCAGGCGUCUUCGAGGCGACCGUAUCAACACACUGAACACUCGAGGCGAUGUCGUGAUUGACAAGUAUCUAGACGAGGAUACCGGCGAAGAGCCCUCGAAGAAGCAAAAAACCGACAAGAUCAAUACGAAGGCCAACUACCAGGUGAACAAGUUUCUUGAUCUUUUUGGCAACGAGGAGGAUAAUUCACAGAAAUUAGGCCUUCUGCCUGAUUUCACCAUGAAAUUCUCUGACGAGAAUGCCGACGGAAACGACUCUGGAGUAGGCGGUGGUCAGAAGCCAAAGAGGGAAAACGAAAUGGUCAUUUUGAUGAAGAACAUGAACAAGCUUUCGAGCAAAAUGGUCGACAUGAACUCCCUGGGCAAGCAGAAUGAAGAGACGGCAGAUGAAGAGGUGAGAGAGCACGAGCGAGAGCUCGAUUUGAACGAUUUGAACGAGACAGAAGACAUCCAGUUUCUCCAGCUUCAUCUCGAGACCGAUAGAGCUCGCAGAAGUCUUGAGGAGCAGAGAACCAAGACUGAGCAGGAGGAGAAGGUUGAAGUUGGCGACCUAGGGCUGUUGUUGACAACCAAUGUGUUCAACUCUUCGGCGAGCGGAAAUGAUCUUAGUGAAGUCUACAAGUCCAAGACUGGAGAUAUAUCGAAAGCUGCCACUGACAUCACAGCACUCGUGAAAUACAACUUCAGGACGUUCAAGUCGCUCAACAACCUCAAGGAAGUGAAUAUCCCAACUGGAGAGAAUCUACUUCCUAACGACGUUGUCCAAGAACUCCUCACGUACAACGUCACAAUUGUGGAAUUUUUGCUGCAUUUUUGGAACCUUUUCUUGAACUCCGGCAAUCCCAGUCAGCUCAAGAAGCUUUUCUCGAAUUUGCGUUCUUGCCAGAGCGCUCUUGAUGCGCUUGAGCUGAAAAUCACCGCCAUAAUUAAGGAAAACCCACAUACAAAAGACAACGAGAAGCUUCAGCAGAAGUUGAUGAAGGACCUUGAAAAUUGCUUACAGCCGCUUAAGAGCAGCACCCAAAAGGCAUGCACAGACUACAUAGCUGCGGUGAAGGCUUCACAGAAGGAGGCAGCCGAGGGCAAAAACGACAAUGGAAAGCGUGCCCUAGAGGCCUAA